CUUCUCCCCGCCUGUCUGCGGGGAGCCUUUAACUCAACUGUGCUCUCUGUUGGACAAUGAGCUGCCUUAUGCUAAUCAAACGCAUAUGUCACUUCCGCUCUUUCUCGUACGCCAUUUUGGACAGGGCAGGUUCGGGCUGGGGUUGUAUUGUCUGUGGAAAAAAAAAAAAAAUAAACCACAGGCGAACAUUUAUAAUAGCCUCCCUCGUCCCAGAUCCGAGACACCUAGAUGAGUGACGGCGGCGGUCCUGCCCCAGCAGCCGAAGAGAGAGCGAAGGGCAGCCGCGGCUGGUCGGGGUGGGCUUCUCGGCGGAGGGUUUUUUCUGCGCUCCGUGUCUCUGCUCCGGCGAGCUCCCUCUUUCGGUCCGGUGUGUUCGCCCAGAGCGGAGAAGCGGCGAGUCGGGCUCCUCGCUGAGGAAGAGGAGGAGGAGGAGGAGGCGGCGGCAUAGGAGAGGGAGAGAACGGAGGCAGAGGAGAGGAGAGGCCGCCCUUUGUUUCCACUGCGGGAUUUCUGGACCCCACGAAGUCACCCAGGAGGGUCCCAGACAGGUAGAAACUAUGUUUCAGCUUCCAGUCAAUAACCUUGGCAGCUUGCGAAAGGCCCGAAAAACCGUAAAGAAGGUUCUGAGUGACAUAGGCUUGGAGUACUGUAAGGAGCACCUUGAAGAUUUUAAAGAGUUUGGUCCUAAUGAUUUCUAUGUGAAGAACACAAGCUGGGAGGAUGUUGGUUUGUGGGAUCCAUCUUCAACAAAACCCCAGGACUACAGGUCAAAGCCAUUCUGCUGCUCAGGCUGUCCCUUCUCUUCCAAGUUUUUCUCUGCCUACAAGAGCCACUUCCGCAAUGUCCACAGUGAAGAUUUUGAAAGCCGGAUCUUGCUUAACUGCCCUUAUUGCACUUACAACGGAAAUAAAAAAACUUUGGAAACGCACAUUAAGUUGUUCCAUGUCCCACAGACGAACCACCUGGUCAGGGGGUCUGGUACACUAAAAGACACAUCCCGCCUUGAUAGUAACCAUAAACCAAAGCAGGCGGCUGACAGCGUAGAGCAGGCUGUGUACUACUGUAAAAAAUGCACUUAUCGAGACCCACUGUACAAUGUGGUUCGCAAACACAUUUAUAGGGAACACUUCCAGCAUGUGGCAGCACCUUAUAUAGUGAAGACGGGGGACAAAUCGCUGAAUGGUGCCGUAAAUCCGAGUGCAACUGCCCGUGAUGAUGGGAACAUACAUUGUAAACGAUGUUUGUUUAUGCCAAAGUCCUAUGAGGCUUUAGUGCAGCACGUUAUCGAAGACCACGAACGCAUUGGCUACCAGGUAACAGCUAUGAUAGGGCACACCAAUGUUGUGGUGCCCAGAUCGAAACCUUUAAUGCUGCUGUCUCCAAAAACGCAAGACAAGAAUCUUUUGGGAUUGUCUCAGAAAGGAGCUUCAGUUCCCAGUACUGUAAGAUCACUUUCGUCACAGCCAAUGAUGAGUAGUCGGUUAGCGAUACCGAAACCAGGACUGAAUUCUGCAGCAAUGCUGUCAAAUGUUCACAUUAAGCAAAACCCCUAUGGAUUAAAAAACAUUCCACAGGGUUAUUCUCUUGGACAGCACAUGAGAAUCCCCAUGCCAGGGAAUGCACAGGUGUCUGUUCCACAGCAGUCUCAUACUGUAAAGCAGCACAUACCUGGGGGUAAUGUUCGCAAUUCCACAGCUGGAGCAUCGGAGUCACGAAGCCAGGCUCCUUCCCGUCUCAGCUUCCAAUCAGGGAACUCUUCCAGUAGUAAUUUAGCUUCCUCGACUGCAAAGCCCUCACAGGUUCCAGCUCGAGCUCAGUCUGCCACUGCUGUCGCUGCAGCUACCAAAACGGUGAACUCCACCAAUGCCGGGACAUCUUACACGCAGAAGUGGAAGAUCUGCACGAUAUGUAACGAGCUGUUUCCUGAAAAUGUCUACAGUGCGCAUUUUGAAAAAGAGCACAAAGCCGAGAAGGUGCCAGCAGUAGCCAACUAUAUCAUGAAGAUCCAUAAUUUUACCAGCAAGUGUCUGUACUGCAAUCGUUACCUACCCAGCGACACCUUGCUUAACCACAUGCUGAUUCACGGUCUGUGUUGUCCACACUGCCGGGCCACAUUCAAUGAUGUGGAGAAGAUGGUUGCACACAUGCGGCUGAUCCACCCAGAUGAAGUGGUGGGACCACGAACUGAUUCACCUCUUACUUUUGACCUGACUUUGCAACAGAGCAACCCUAAAAACAUACAGCUCAUUGUGACCACAUACAAUAUGAGGGACGCCCCAGAGGAGUCUGUAGCCUUCCAUGCGCAGAAUAACAAUGCUUCAGUCCAGUGCAAGAAAAUGCCACCCAAAAUACCAGAAAGCCAUGACGCUCCAGUGAAAAGCGCACCUCAAACUGCAGUCCCCUAUAAAAAAGAUGUGGGUAAAACCCUUUGUCCUUUGUGCUUCUCUAUUCUGAAAGGUCCGAUCUCAGAUGCAUUGGCUCAUCAUCUCAGAGAGAGACACCAAGUGAUUCAGACUGUCCAUCCUGUUGAAAAGAAGUUGACAUACAAGUGUAUCCACUGUCUAGGUGUGUAUACCAGUAACAUGACUGCUUCUACUAUAACUUUGCACCUUGUCCACUGCAGAGGUGUGGGCAAAACGCAGAAUGGUCAAGACAAGGGCACUGCAACCAUAAGAGGAACGCAGUCUCCAGGCGCAGCUCCUCUCAAACGAGAACUUGAGCAUUCAGAUCCUGGUCUUCUGAAAAAAAGAAAACUCGACCGUGACUCUUAUCCAUCAACAUUUGUAGAGAAACCAGAGGAGCCAGUAGUUUUAGCAUUGGAUCCUAAGGGUCAUGAGGAUGAUUCGUAUGAAGCUAGAAAAGCAUUCCUUACAAAGUACUUCAACAAAAAACCGUACCCUUCUAGAAGGGAGAUUGAGAAGCUGGCUGCUAGUUUAUGGUUAUGGAAGUCUGAUAUUGCCAGCCACUUUACCAACAGGAGAAGGAAGUGCGUGAGAGAUUGUGAGACAAGAAAAGCAGCUGUGCUUUUAGGGUUUAAUAUGAGGGAAGUCAACAAGCUCAAACAUGAAAUGGAUUUUGAUCCAGAAUGGUUUUUCGAGGGCAAAGAUGAAGAUGAAAGUCGAACAUCAAAAACCUACACAGCCCGGUCAGCGGAUUCCAUCAACAGGCGACUGGAAGAGAAUUCUGUUAGCCGUCUUCAUGAAGCAGGGGAAGGGCAAAGCCGGUCAGGUUGCUACAAACAAGCAUCUAAAGUGGACAAUUCCAAAGUAACAGGAACAGCCGUGACCCCGAAACCGGGUUUUGGAGGAAACCAUCCUCUGCAAAAUACAGAAAGCAACCAAAAUGAGACAAUCACAAGCACCUUAAAAUCGCAGCACUCGGGAUCUGUAGCCGAGGGGUCGGAGAGUGGAUCGGAAGGGGAAGGAGACCAGGCACAGAGCAAGGAUGACGGUACCUCAGAAGGUGACCAGGAUGAAAUUGAAAUGGAAGAGAAGGAGGCAGUGGCAUUGGACGAGGUGGAGAAGUCAAGUGAAGUGGGACUAAACGAUGGGCCGAGAAAUAGCGGCAAGGGAAAAGAGGUAGGAGAACGCACUACAGAGCAGUUUUGUGAGCUAGGGAAAGACGCGAGGAGAGAGAAUGCCUCCGACGAGGAUCUGAAGGAUGGUUACACCUCAGAAGACGAACUUCCUGAUAUCAAAAAGGACGAUGGAGUUGAAGGAGGCAGAAAGGAUGGAUUGUCCAAUUUUGGCAGCGAGAAUGGUUCCCAGCCUGCCUCAGACUUGGAGGAUGGUCCAUGGAAUGAAGAAAAUUCCCGGAGUGAGAAUGGCUACCAAGGUGAGCAGCAGCCUACGACGGAGAAGACGUGGCCCAGAAAUCCCACAUCGGUGUGGAAAAUGACCUCAACGGAUGACGAAAGCCUUUCCAAUCCACCCCUUGAGUGGCAGAACAGCACUGCAGAUAGUGAAGGUGAGGACAGGCUGGAAAAUAUGCUGGAACAAUCAAACGACAGCAUGUCGGAGAACUCUGAGUCUGUGCACAGUUUACUUUCAGGCGUCGGACUGAGCAGUCAACAGGCGUAAUUCAGUCAUUGUUGAAUACAGUAGAAUUAUACCUUAUACCUUGGGGGGUUGUGACUUACCAGAAGUUAUGACUUACCACUAUCCAAAAAGGCCAGUCUAGCUGCUUUGUAUUAUAAUGUUCAGUGGCAGGAAAUUUAAGAAAACUUCUAAAAAUGUUCUUGAAAACAAAGUAAGUUGAAGUGCAAAUUUUGCACCAAUGGUACAACAAAUGGAAAGAACUUUGCCUUCAUUUUACUUUAUGUCUUCAGCUAUUUACUUAUUGACAUGUUUAAUUUGCCUCUAGAUUUUGGCAAAGUUGUGACUGGUUAAAGAAUAAAUUAUUAGAUUUUGGAAAAAAUAAAGCCCUAAUUUUUUUCUUAUAGUCAUCCAGAAUAGCUAGUGUAUAUUUGUACAGUCUUUUAGAACUAUACUGAGGAGGCUUAUCAUAUUGCUUUUGUGUAUUCAUUAUAUAUUUGCUAUUUUUCUUGUGCACAUGCUAUGUAAUAAAUUCAACAUUAGUCCACUUACCUUAUGGCUAGAAAGUGCUGUAGUAACUGUUGGGGUUUUGAACAACAUAGUAUUUUGCAAAACAUUAAAGGCCAAUUGAAAGGACUUGAUCCCAGGCCUUUUCACUUUACAGGACCUGAUUAUUUUUUAUUUCUGAACUUGCCACUGCUAUUGAAAAGCAACUUCAGUUAUCUGAGAACUAUUUUUCUCCAAUGUUAUUUCAAAAUCACAAAAAAAGUUUUACUGAGUUAAAUAUUCCAUAGAUAUGUACUUUGUAGUAUGCUGUGCUGAGUGCAGUCAUCACAGAAUGCUGCAUCUUGAAUAGUUUUUCUUUUUAGAGAAUUGACACCUUUUGGUGUUGUAAACAUUAUAUCAUUAAUAUAUGACUCACUGUAUGUAUGUUAAUUUGUGAUCUUUUAUUUCCCUUUGUAUUUUUCAUUUAAGCAUUUCUGAAUAAUAAAGUGCUGUAUUGUGCUUCGCAGA